GGAAUCCCCCUCUGUUUCGAAAACACCAUGGAAACGCUGAGUGACAUCAGGCAAGUCUACCAGGACACAGGCAGGGGCAGCAGAGGAGGUAUGUCUUUGCCAAGCCUCAGAGACAACAGGAGACGCUGCAGCCACCGAGAUCCUGCUCCCUCAUCUGGUUUACUGAGUACCAGGACUUCCUGCCUGCCUGUACCCCCUAGACACAAGCAGAGAACAAGAAGUGUGAUUCCUGGGUCACCAUCCUCCCCUGUCCGGCUGUCCGUGCCUGAGCCCAGCCAGUUAAGCCAAUCAGCCCCCAGCAUCAUGGAACCCCUUCUGUGUUCAAACACCAUGAUGCAAGCCAGAGCACACAUCCAGACACGACUUGGUUCUCAAAAUACUUUACAAAAGUUCUCACAAAGCAUCUUGCCAACUCUGCAUCCAAGAACACCCAAACUGUUGGCACCGCUAGGGAGCAGGUGCAGGGAUGUUACAACUCUGUCAGGACUUAAGAGCCAUGUUCCCCUGAAACCCAUCAGCCAAAGUCCACUUUGCUCUAGGACCCAUUUGAGGAGAGAGAGACUUGGAUUUACCAAGGGUGGAAGCGAGGAGAGUGGUUCCAGUAGCAGUAUUAGCAGCCAGAGCUCCAUCGACCUGGAAGAUUAUGAGGUGGAAGACAAAAAUGACUUGACUGAAAGAGCUUCAGUGGAGAGCCAUCUUGAGUUUUUGGGAGGCAGAUUGCUGCAGCAUUCGAACAAUGUGAGCUCCUGUGAAGCUGAUUUGGUGGGGAAGACAAGGCAGCGUUUUAAAGUUCAGCAAAGAUCAAGUGAUAUUCCACCAAUCCACAAAUCAGCACCUGACCUGGAUGGAGAGGCUAUCAAUCAAACAAGUUAUCUCAUUGGCGCCAGGAAAGAUGUAAACUGUUACUGUGGCGAUGAUGCUAACCAUGUGAAUUGUGCAACCGAGUCUAUUGAAGGUCAGACCUUUAAAAAAUGUAACUAUGCACAACAAGGAGGCAUUAUGAAUGCUACUAAAGAUUCUGUGAUUAUCCAUGGGACAACAUAUAAAAAUGAGAGUAUGAUGGUUUCAGACUCACAAGUGAAUAACAAAAAUGAUCUGCACAUUAAACGGACAGAAAGAACAUUGCAAGAUUUGCACUACAAAGAAACACUGGUAGAUAACCUGAUACCUUGUAGGGAGGAUGUAAAGUUGGACCUAAAGACGGCUGAAGAUGAAACUCAGCAUUGUAAGCCAGCUGGACACGUAGAUGCCCAGAGAAAAGAGUGGAUGUUUAAAGUCUUAAAACACGUCCAGAACAAAGAGAGAACAGUUGUGAACUGUGAAGUAGAGGCAAAUGUUCAAAUAAACCCCAAGUCCUUCAAAAUGCUAUUACAAGAAAACAGGAUCAACCCCAAUCAGAUAAAGACCAAAGGGAAACUCAAGAAUUCAUCACUAUCCACACAUGCAAUAGCUAAAACAGGACAAAUCCAUGAGCCGAUAAUCAGCAGGGAGAGAGUUGCAAAAGUAAAAUCCAAGCUUAACUGCAUGAAAAGCCCUCACUGUAAAACUGUCAUACCAGCACAACGAAAUAAGGUUACUUAUCAUUCACACAGCAAAAGAGGAACUCUUGACAAGAAGGGAUCAUCAAGGUCUAAAUCUGCUGUUGAUUUCCUUACCUACAAAGACAUGUUUCAGCAGAUACAGAGUGGAGACAAAGGACCAGCCAUUUAUGAGAUGUUUGCCAGUCCAGUCUAUGAGAACCUUAGAGUUUCCAGUUCCUGUGAGAAAGUUAAGGACAGACCAGUGCAGUCUGCACCGACUCGAAAGAAGAAUAAAGUCAAACAAAGACCUUUCAAACAAGCACAGACUAAGCUGAGAAGAAGUCCGGCAGAAAGUACCAUGGUUUCAGCCAAAAGCAAAACCAAAGUCGCGACACCAAGGGUGAAACCUCAUCCAACACCUGUAUCAAGGAAGGGCGCAAACAAAAUGGACGUAUUGAAUGGGUACUCAGAGGCUGGGCUACUUCCCCAUAAGGAAGAUGACAGUUGUCAUGAUACUUCUCAAGAAAAGGUUAAGUUGUCUACCAUAGAGGAGGAUCUUUCACGAUACGGGUCUGAUACAUUGAAAUUCAUUGAGAAGAAAACACCAGCAUCUUCAUCUCAUGCUCGAGAACAAAGGUUUAUGCAAGAGAAAAAUGGGAUGUCUUCGAAAGGAAACUCAAACCAAUCCGUCUCUGAGUCAUCUCUCAGCCUCCAACAACCCAAGAUCAACACUUGGACAUCCUCAAGCAGCGAUAGCAAAACCAUCAUGUCUCCAGUUUACCAGAAGUUUCUGGAUGAGGUUGGGGAUGGGCCACUUACAGAUGACCUACUGCAAUGUCUUGCAGAGGAGCUUAUUUCAUUGGAUGAGAGGGAUGUAUCCAUAGAUUCAUGUCCUGAAAGCUUGGAACCAAGGAAAGAGGAGUCCAACAAAGAUGGGGAUCCUGUAUUGUGUACAUUUUCUAAGUUUGAGACGGUUCUGCCUGGCUCUGGGUCGGUUUUAGAUGACACCAUUACAUGGACAAAGGGUGAAGUUCUUGGGAGAGGAGCCUAUGGUACAGUGUACUGUGGUCUGACCAGCCAGGGCAGGCUGAUCGCUGUGAAGCAAGUGAGCCUGGACGCCUCUGACCCUGAUGCUGCAAAGAGAGAGUACAGCCGUCUUCAAGGGGAAGUGGAUCUGCUUAAAACCCUUCAACACAGCAACAUUGUGGGCUUCCUUGGGACCUCACUCUAUCAGCAUGUAGUUUCCAUCUUCAUGGAAUACAUCCCUGGAGGAUCCAUCGCUAGCAUCCUUCACAGGUUUGGUCCCCUGCCAGAGCGUGUCCUGGCUCUAUACACCCAUCAGAUCUUGGAAGGUGUGACCUACCUCCAUUUAAACAGGGUGAUUCAUCGUGACUUGAAGGGAAACAACGUAAUGCUGAUGCCAACUGGUGUCAUCAAGCUCAUAGACUUUGGCUGUGCACGUCGUCUCAGCUGUGUGAACCACACUGCCAGCAACAGUGGAGAUUUGCUCAAGUCCGUCCACGGGACACCUUACUGGAUGGCCCCAGAGGUUAUCAAUGAGACAGGAUAUGGCAGGAAGUCGGAUAUAUGGAGUGUUGGUUGUACUGUGUUCGAGAUGGCCACAGGGAAACCACCACUUGCUCACAUGGAUAAAAUGGCGGCCUUGUUCUACAUAGGGGCUCGAAGAGGGUUGAUGCCAUCCUUACCAGAUGGGUUUUCAGAUAAUGCAAAGGAUUUUGUCAAAACCAGUUUGACAAGUGACCCAAAACUACGGCCAUCUGCAGAGCAGCUGCUUAAGCAUCCGUUCAUACCGCAAAAUGGGACUGGAGUGAAAUCUUGGCAAACACAGAAGAACGGCUGUGGUCACCCAGAGGGACUCUGUGGAAAAUAAGUUUAAGGUGAUAUUUUAUGAUUUCACUGAGAUUGGUUUCUGAAAACAUUACCUAUCCCUGGCACCAGCGCUGUGUAUGGAAAAAUCUGGUCUCAAGUUAACUAAAAAAACUGUCUGAAGAAACUGAGGCAUUUUUUUUAAGAUGAGGUUGAAAGGGAACUACAUGAGAAGCACUUUUAUAUAUUUGACUUAUUACACUAAUAUAACUUAUAAGAUGUGAAAAGAUAACAUGCCAGACUGUUACUGACUUCUUUUAGAUCAGUGGUUCUCAACUGGUGGGUCGGGCCCCAAAAAGUUGAUCCCAGAAGGUCACUAAUGUGUGCCAUGAACAAGUGUUGAAAAGUCUAUGAAUUGCUUUUUAAUCAUACUACUCCAAACUAUACAAUUUUUCACUAAUCUGACAAGUUGAAAAUGUAAGAAAUUUGGGUCACCAUUGUUUCAUGAAGUAGUUGGUGGUGGGUCCUGAGGCUAGACCAGUUGAGAACCACUAUUUUUUUGAGCUCUUGUACAUGUGCCAAUCUUAUAGAUACCUUAAUUUAAAAACUGUGCGUUGCAACUGAAGAUCUCUUUGCUGUUUCAUAUUUAGGUUACAUAACCUACUUUGUUAGUGCUAAUGAUGCUAAGUCCUAAGCUUUUGCUGAUAAAAUGUUACAGGGUCUGUAUGUAAAAAAUGUGUAUGAGACAUUCCAUUUAUGACAUUUUCAUUUUCUUCAUCUAAUGUAACAGCAUGGCCCGUUAUGUGCACUAAAC